GGUCCCGAUCGCCACUAGCCCUCGGGAGUCAUCAACGCUUCAGUCAGCAAAGCACUAACCACUAACGCCUGCUGUACGGACGCCUGCUGUGCUAACGCUAGCUCAGUUAUCUGCUCUGUCAGACGGUGUCAGACGUGGCACAAUCCAUCAAUCUAUCACGCAUUAGAUGCAUCGCGUCGCAUCAGAUCUCGAGUCUCGACGCGCGACGGCAUCAGAAGCGAGUGCGAGCGCAGAUUCUCUAGAUUCUCUACACUAGAUUCUCCUGGACUCUCCGUGCUGUAUCUACAGUAAUGUAUCACUGUAUCCAGAUAAGCAGAACCCAGAUCCUCGUCGGGGGUCACCGGUCACCGGUCACCUGUCUGUCUGUCUGUCUGUCUGUCUGUCUGUCUGUUCUGAGUUGCGCGCUAUCUGGCUUAUCGAUAUCUAAUAUCUAAUAUCUGUCGGGAUUCGGGAAGAUGGGUCGCGCGAGAUGUGGAUCGCGACUCUGGCCUCGGGGACGGCCAGCGCGAGAGCGUGAGCGAAGGUGGGGUCAUGGGUGGGUAUGGACGCACUGUACGCGCCCGAAGCAGCCAGACCGAAUACGCCGGUCCAUGAAUGCAUGACCGCUCGACCUGACAGCAGCACAUGGAAGCUCGCACUCGGAUCCCUCCGCGUGCAUCUCACCCUACUAUCACAAUUCGCACCGCAGCAGAACGCAGCAGAACGACGUCGAUGAGCAUUACGGUGUGCUGUGCUGCGCCUGCUGGGCAGUGUGUAUGUAUUACAGUGUGGAUGUGAACUCGUACGGUAUGCACAGCCGUCGGUUUACCAAUGGGCUGCCUUGCCUGGCUUCCUAUCCAGUUGGGCAGAGAAGCCCGCAUAUCAUCCAUCAUUUGGACGGGACGCUGCAUGUUGGAGUUUGCUCUUGAGUUGUAUCAUGUCGGACGAGAGGGAGCAGGGAAGCCGCCUGGAGUGAUGAUGCUGCGUGUGGGGAGUACGGCGAGGCGCGAGGCGCGAGAGUCUGAGUCUGGCAAGGUGCGACGCGGCGCAACGCAUCUGAGACGAGCGCGGGGCUGAUUGCGGUGCACGCUGUAUCCGAGGGGAAGGCGCGAUGCGCGCGGCGGCGGGACAUGGAGAUCGCGCUGCGCUGCGGAUCGUGCCUCCGAGGAGGGAGGGAUCGCCCAAGACUGAGUAGGCCAAGACUUCGUCCGAGAUCGUCCACCCGCGUCGACGCGCCGCAAACGGACAUCGACACCGAGGGCUCCACGUCCAUGUCAUCGAGGGGACGUGCGCCAGUACUGUACACUGCCGAAGCUCCGCGACAGAAUCGCGCGGCGUGCUUAUUACCGUGGUAUAUGGGGGUGUGGAGGACAAGUAUGGGAUGGUCUGGAUCGUCCGGUGGGGCAGGGUGGAGCUUGUCAAGCCCUGUCAAGCCGCCACGAGCCGUGUCGAGCCACGCGCCGCAACACGCAACAGGCGACAGGAGUGCAACGGGCAACAGGCGGCAACGGGCGACAAGGAAAAUCCACCUCUGAUGGCAUGAGCGAACGAGCCCGCAUCACGGGGACGCAACGAUUGCCGGCUUGGGAGAGCAGACCGCCCGCGCCGCCCUCAAUCGAGUCGCGCACGAGCAAGUCGCUCGCGCUCGCGUUCGACGACGCCGCGCCGAGGUUGACC